AUGGGUCUUUCCGGGUCAGGAAGCAUUGAUGUUACAAGAUGUACAGCAGAUGACGGCUCUCGGAUAACCAUGGUGGUCAGAAACGGACACAUAUCCAUCAACGGCGUCCCCGUUGCCGUCGACGACAAAGGCUUCGUCGUCGGUCGCGACGGGUCUCUCUUGCCUAUCAAGUACCAGGAUUUCUAUCGCCGGGCUUCGGUGGAGAGAAUCGACAGGAUAUUGACCGAGUUGGCCCAAACGAAGGAUGUCCGUAUACCGAAUGAAAUGCCACCUCGUCAGUCGAAAAAAUGGGUUCCUGGUCCAGAGAUCGGAUUAAUUCCUCAGUUCAAGCUCCCUCGAGAGAAAAGACGUCUUCCCAAGGACAUGAAGCACCUGAUAAAUCGCCUCUCAUCAAAAAUGGCUAAUCUAAAAUCAGCUGUGGAUGCUUCGAUGCAAACCGCAACGUCGAAGCCAUCAGAGCCACCUCGACGAACCACAACGUCCUCCAUUUGCGACUGCAUCAAUUCCCGCAUCAGUUCUCUUCGUCAUCAUGAUCACGCUGGUUCUCUCCUAGAAAACGAACAGGCCAUCAGCAAGGAUGACCACUUUGACUUUAUUCUCAGAGCCAUGCGAGACACUCAGUUGGUCAUUAAGGAAUUGGAAUACUUGAGCCACAAAUUGUCCAAGAGUUACAGCAACAUGCAAAAGACAACCCGCGAUGCCCAGGCGAGCAACUGGGCCCUGGCGAAGACGACGGAAACAUUUUGCACGGGCACUUUAUCGUUAGAGAAUGAAGAAGCCUAUGUUUUGACAAAGUAUUACAAUCUUGUCGGAACUCUUCUUUGGUUACAGAGGAAGAGAAAGGAGAGGGAAUGGGAAUCUGCCAAACUGAAAGUUGACAAUCAGAGAUUGAUUUCGCGGGUGGAAGAACUUGAAAGUCAAAUAGCAGAAAUGACUACAGAUAGAAACUUGGUGGACAGGCUACAAGAGCUUGCGGACAAGGUUGAAAAUAUGUGCUCUCCUAGAGCGCACCAAAACGAUCAAUCGGCAUGUUCGUGUUCACCAGAGCCGAAAAGAGGAAUUGAAGAGUCUCCAAUGUCUGUCGACUCUACCAGUGAUGACGAAGAAGGAAUGGUCGGUAACUAUGAAAACGACCCUUCGGCAAGCUGGUUCAAAGCACUCCAAGCUCACAAACAGAACUGGAAAGCGUUCUACGAUCUCAGCGAUGACCAAAAGAAGAAUCACGAAGUCCUCCAUGAGCUCAAGGUUGAAUGUGGAACAAUCAACGACCAGAACAAACGUCUCACGAGCAGACUAGGCAAUGCCGAAAUCAACUCCGCUAAACUCCAAGAUCAGUUACGGGAUCUUUUGGACGAGAAACAAACUUUACAACAAAGACUUCGGACUUCCCAGAAACUCUUGAAAAUUACACAGAAGUCGCUUGUCAGCCAACCUGAAGAAAUGAAAACAUAAUAGGAGGACGGGAAUGGUCAAACAACAAGCAAGAAAUUGAUCGAUUUGAGAAUGACUAUUAUAGCAACACAUCGUGAUAGGUCGGAAGUGUGUCACUAUUGUCAAGUUAACCAAUUACAUAGCAUAGUAUUUACAUACAAAAUCUCCCGAUGAAAAUCCAUUUUGCCCAAACUAAAGUGUUACAAGCGUAUAUAUUCACGAUAUAUACUUCUCAAUUAUUGCCAGUCUUAAAUCAUGUAAAUAGGCCAUGGUCAUCUUAAAUGUCUGCAUCUGCUUACUAGUACUUCACGACGAAGCUUCGACCUAGACAACGCAAAUUAAAUAACAUUCGUGUCACAUAAAAUACAUCAAUAACCAUGAUAACGUUAAAUAUCAUCAUUGACCAAAAAAAUCCUUUAGAAGAUUGCAAUUAUUGUUUUAAAUGGCUAUUUUCUUUUUAUUCAAAAUAACUUAAGGGCAAUUUUGGGGUGUAUGCUAAUCUGGGAUGCUGAAUGAAAAAACGUGAAAUAAAAUUUCAAGCGAUAGAAUAAACUUUCUUCUUUUCAAACCAAACUAUUCGUGAUUCUGAAUAACUACAAUUAUAUUAGAAUAAUUUCAACUGAUUAUUUUCUUUGCAAAAAGCCCGAUGAGUUUUGAAGGAAUGCAAGUGAUUAGCAUUGCACAAUGAGAUGUGAAUUCGAAAGUGCUACGUUUGUAUUCAAUCAUGGAAACAGUAACUAAAAUGAAUGGAUUAGUAGUUUUGCAGAAUUUCUCAUUGAAAUUAAUUCAUGUCGUUAAACAUCCAAUACACAAAUACAUUACCCAUUUUAUUUAAUAUUAAUAUGUUAUGAACCUUCGUGGAAUGUUGGAUAUUGGUGGUAAAGUUGGAGUCUUCUUUUUCUUC